GGCUGCUGCAGUCGCCGACGUGACAUGGUCAAGAAGCACGGCAGUGCUUACGGCCAGUCCCAAGCGACGACAGGGUCGACUGCGUUGCAAGCACGGCUCCGGCAAGCGGAGGAUGCGCUGGCCACAGCGCUAAAGACUAUCGCGGUCCAGCAAGAUCGCGAAAAAGAGUUGAGAAAGCUGUUGGAAGUCCACAGUUUGAAGGAGCCAUCCGAUGGGGACGGCCGUGCUGUGAAUUCGCUCGUGGAAGCCAAGGCGCAAGCCCUCAACAACAUCCACACCCAAAAAGUCCGCACCCUCAUGAAGUCGAUCCAUCAAUUGCAAGAACAGGUCGCCACGAUGAAGGCCCAAGACAAGGAGCACCGACGGUCGGCACUCAUUCAGAACCUGCGCAAGCAACAGCGCGACCAAGAGCUCGUCAUGGAAGUGCUCAAGGACACACUCAAGACCAAAGUUGGCGAGUUCAAUAAUAGCUUGGAUGCCGUGAACGACUACAUUUUAAAGAAGACGCUUGGCGGCCCCAAGCGCUUCCGCCCCAAAACUCGCGAAGAGAUCGAGCUCGAGUUUGUCGAGCUCGACAAGAAAUACAAACGAGUGCUGGCCAGCUUGAAGCGGGCCAAGUCGGUCGCUGCGCAAGACGCCCCUGCAGAAGAUGCAACGCCACCAGCCGACACGUCGAGCGUCGACGUCGAGGCGAUGCAGCGAGAAAUCGAGUCGUUGCGCGUGCUAGUAGCAGCGAAAGACAACAACUUGCAAGCGCAGACGGCGGACAACCUCGCGCUGAAGAAACGCGUCGACGAGCUGCUAUUGUAUGACGUAAGCGACGUCAUGGCGAGACUUACGUUAGGUAGGGUCCACGAUAAGUGGGUGCGCACCAAGGCCAAGUACGCAGCGAGCAAGGAAGCCAUCGCGAAGCUGGAAAGCGACGCGAUUCGACUGAUCCAGGCCAAGGAACAGGAAACGGCACUCCGGGAACAGGUCGAAGCUGAACUCGCCUGCCUCCAAGAUAUGCAAGCGCAAGACGCCGCGAACGGCAGCAGCGUCCAUGCGACGUUGCAGCACCAGAUUCAAGCGCUCAAGGCUCAGGAAGCCGCCUUGCUGGAGCAGAUGGAAGCGCAGACACAAAAGUGGACGGACGACCGGCUUGCGAUUCUGGCUCAGAUACGGACACAGGAGGCCCAUGUGGCAUCGAUUGAAGCGCAAAGCAAGGCGUCUGCGAGCCAAGUGCAGGACUUGACGGCCGAACGAGAUGAGCUGAAGGCCAAGCUUGACGCGGCAGUAGCUGCUGCCGCAGCGCUCCAACAGACACUGGCUGCGCAACAUGACGAAGCCGAAAUGAGCAAUGAUGCAGCUGCUCUCAAAGCGGCGACUUCCAAAGAGACAGAGUUGCUUGCAUUGGUGGGUGCCAAAGACCAGCAACUGAAAGCGUUUGAGAAGCAAAUCUUGGCGUCGAAACUCCUCGCGCGGCUGCACAAAAAGGAAAAGGAGCAACUACUGCUCCAAAUGGACAAAUUGCGUACGCUGGUGUCGAAUUCAGCGCCACCCACAGACACGUCACGGGUCAUUGCACAAGCACAGCUCAAGCUCUCCACGGAAGAACCGUUGUCGUCGGAGAGUGUGACGCCUGCAGUGCCACCUCACAAUGAAGAUCCAACGCCUCCAAGUGAAAUACCCAUGGGGAAGCCCACAACUUCUCUAGGACAAUAUCCACCCACAGAAUCCCCUGCAUCGACUCAGUCUGAAACAGGAUGGGAGCAAGCGGACCACGGAGAAACACGUCAGAGCAGCCCAGACGAGUUCGUCGAUCGCGUCGUGUCCUCUGCACUGCUCAAGAGAACCAAGGAUGUGCUACAUGCACGGAAUGAGGGCAAGUCCGAGGAAGGCGCACGACCCCUCGAGACGCAUUCGUUUGCCGCAGCGACAGACGCUGAUGCACUAACGACAGCGGUGGAGUGAUGGAACCUAAUUUCACAUAUGUCAAAUGGCUCUAAACCUCUGUAAUUGAAUGACGAAAACCUCUGAAAGCGUA